AUAAUUUCGGCUCGCGUCUCGACCCCCCAAUUUCCAAAAGCCAGUUCAUUUCUCGCUUUUCUCUCCCUCAAGCGGCAUGGCGAUCGACUCCUUUUUCCUCCGCCUCUAAGCCUCCCCCUCCCCUCUUUCUCUUCGCGACCACCACCUCGAAACCUCACCUCCAUGGCUUCUCUCUCCCACGCCCUCUCCUCGCCUCAAUACAUUCUCCCUCCUCCUGCUCUCAUCCGCCGCCAAGCCCUAGCCCCCCGCCGCCAUCUCCGCCGCCGGGCCCCAGCUGCCGCCAUCUCCGCCGCGAUCCAGUGGAACCGCAAGCCACAGCUAGCCGGCGAGACACCCCGCGUGGUGGUAGUCACCUCCGGAAAGGGCGGCGUCGGCAAGACCACCACCACCGCCAACGUCGGCCUCUCCCUUGCCCGCUUCGGCUUCGCCGUUGUCGCCGUCGACGCCGACGCCGGCCUCCGCAACCUCGACCUCCUCCUCGGACUCGAGAACCGCGUCAACUACACCGCCGUCGAGGUCCUCAACGGCGACUGCCGCCUCGACCAGGCCCUCGUCCGCGACCGCCGCUGCCCCUCCCUCGAGCUCCUCUGCAUCUCCAAGCCCCGCUCCAAGCUCCCCCUCGGCUUCGGCGCCAAGGCCCUCACUUGGGUCGUCGACGCCCUCCGCUCCCGCCCCUCCGGCCCACCCCAUUUCGUCCUCAUCGACUGCCCCGCCGGCAUCGACGCGGGGUUCAUCACUGCCAUUGCCCCCGCCAACGAGGCCGUGCUCGUGACCACCCCCGACAUCACUGCUCUUCGUGACGCCGACCGGGUGACUGGCCUUCUUGAGUGCGACGGCAUUCGGGACAUCAAGAUGAUCGUCAACCGGGUCCGCACUGAUCUUAUAAGGGGGGAGGACAUGAUGUCGGUGCUUGACGUGCAGGAAAUGCUCGGUCUUGCGCUGCUUGGGGUUAUUCCAGAGGACUCAGAGGUGAUUAAAAGCACGAAUCGAGGAUAUCCUCUUGUCCUCAACAAGCCGCCGACAAUAGCGGGGCUGGCAUUUGAGCAGGCUGCAUGGAGGCUGGUGGAGCAGGACACCAUGACUGCGGUCAUGGUCGAGGAGGAGCCCAGGAAAAAAGGCUUCUUUUCCUUCUUUGGAGGGUAAAAAGUGUGAGGAUUUCAAAGUCUCUAUCAUUUGGGAGCAUAGGAUUCUGGUUCGGGGUUGAUUUGAUGCAAGCCAAAAGACAGUCGGAUUGCCGAUGAAGUGAGGGAGCAUGAUGGUGUACAGUUAGGAGGUAUGAUGACUGUUUGUCUUGUUCAUAUUUUUGUGAUCCGAGGUGGUCUGAUUCUUUGUUUGAAAUCUAAACUGGGUUCAUGUUUUGUCCUAAAGUUUUAAUGCCAAUAGUCUUGUGGCCUUUGUUUGUUGUUAGGCAUUUUGGUGGUUCAUCAUAAUGUAGCGUAUAUGAGAUGAUUGAAAUGUAUGGAAAGAUAGUUUUCUUCCCCUAGUUUAUUGAAUUUAUGUAUUACUUUUAUUCUAAAGUGAAGCGUACUUAAUCUC